UGCAGCCAAUGUGAUGACGAUGGAGGUAUAACCACACCCUUUCCAUUGAAGCAGGGUGUGGUACAGUGGAAGUCUUAAUUCUUUGGAAGACCGGAAGCAGAAAUAACACCGCGGAAGCAUGCGAAGAGUGAGCCGGCAGCUGUGUGAGGAUGGCCCGCUGCUGGAGGAGCAGGAGACGGAGGGCCAGAGGCAGCUGCACAGCCUCCUGCUGCAGCAGCUCCACACCGACGUCGACAUUGACCGAUGUGUCGCCAAGAGGAAGUGCUUUGCCCCGGCGUCGCUCUACCGGCCGUUUGGGCAGCAGGCAGCCGGCGUGAGGAGCCUCUCCCAGUUCCAGGCCCUGCAGGACGGGGAGAAGGAGCUGGCCGGCCUGCGGGAGCUCGGCCUCACCGACACCGAGAUCCAGCUGUGGCAGCGCCGAGAUGAACCUCUGGAGGCGGAGAAGGCCCACGGGGUGUGUGCGGCCCCCGGAGCGAAGGAGCAGCGCCUGCAGGUGAUCACGGAUAAGAUGGAGGCCCGGGAGGAGCUGAUGUCCCGCCCGCAGCGCUUCGCCUCCAGCCGCCCGCUGUCCCGCAGAGAGAUGGAGAUCGAGCGGGCGCUCUUCCAGGGAACCGACCGCCUGGGCUUCCUCGCUGCGCUCUACCACAGAGAUGAAGAAAACCCAGAGAGCCAGCAGGGGGCGCCGUCCUCCGACCCGAUGCACUCUCUCUACAGAGACGUCCUCAGCAGGAACAGAAAACACGCUUCACCACAGGAGAGAGAAACAGCAGCACACCUGUCUACACACAGAAACACACCUGACCAAUCACAGGACUCGCACAGAGACAACAGCCAAUCACAGGACUCACACAGAGACAACAGCCAAUCACAGGACUCACACAGAGACAGAAACCAAUCACAGGACUCACGCAGAGACAACAGCCAAUCACAGGACUCACACAGAGACUGCAACCAAUCACAGGACUCACGCAGAGACAACAGCCAAUCACAAGACUCAAACAGAGACAGCAACCAAUCACACGAAGCCUCUGACUAUAUUUCAGAACUGCAGAGUGAUAAAAGUGUCUCAGUUCAGUCAGAGUGGAGUUCAGAGCCCGCGGAGCAGCUUCUGGCUCAGGAGGACUCUCCAGCAGCUGCUGCUCCUCCACGGAUAAACAUCAGCCAGCCAAUCGGCAGUCUGAAGGCGAGGGUGGGGGGGCCGCUGACCGUCAGAGGGGAGAUCCAGACCAUCUCAGAGGAAGAAAUACUGAAGAACCGUGAAUCUGAAGAAGGGAUCCAGAACAUCCCGAGGUUCAAGAACUACCAGCCGGGGAAACCCUCCAAGGUGCUGUGUGUGAAGAACCUGAGUGCUCGGGCCUCGCUGGCCCAGCUGGUGGCGCUGUUCUCCAGGUACGAGCAGCAGAGCGCCCCCCCGCUGCUCUACCGCCUGCUGACAGGACGCAUGAAGGGCCAGGCCUUCAUCACUCUGCCAGACGCUGAAACGGCCCAGAAGGCUUUGCAGUUGGUCCAUGGAUACCGGUUGCUAGGGAAACCUUUGGUGGUUGAGUUUGGCCGUGAGCGACAGGAAACUGGCGAGAAACAGAAGGAGAAGCAGGAGGAGAGGAAAUAAAAAAAAAUAGUAGAAAUAAAACGUUUAUUCCUGACAGCAGCCUGGAUCCUCCUGAACAACGGGGCGGAGAUGGAUGUGUAUUAUUUAUUUAUUAUGGUCUUUUCCUUUUAAUAAAUAUCUGUUUUGCACCAAA